CGAAGCCGGGCCCCGCGCCCCGCUCAGCGUUGGGCUGGGGCUGCCAUUGGCUCUGGCGGAGAGCGUUGACCGCCAGCCGCCUCCAAACUAUUUCCUGUUGCUGCGGCGUUAAUGCUAAACAGACCUUUCUCUCUCUUCCCUCUCUCCAGCCAAAGUGCAGCAGGCUCCUGCCGCCGCUCGCCUUCCUGCCCCGCGCAGGGGCCAGCGCACCCCGAUGCUGAGCACACACCAUCCCCAGAAACCCUGAGCGUGCCCGGGAUGGAGAGCCGCCGUCGGGACAUGGAGCUGCUGAGCAACAGCAUGGCCGCGUACGCACACAUCCGAGCCAACCCCGAGAGCUUUGGGCUCUAUUUCGUGCUGGGCAUCUGCUUCGGCUUAGUGCUGACGCUGUGCCUGCUGGUGCUGCGCCUCUCCUGCCGCUCCCCUGCGCGCCCCCCGCCCUGCCCGCGCGACCUGAGCGACGACGACGACGAUGAGGAUGAUGACGACGACGAAGAGGAUGAGGACACUGUUGACCGCGUAGCAUCCCAAUCGCUGCUGCCGGUGACCGAGAUCCCUCUGGAAAGCCACGGCCCCGGGGAUGGAGCGUUGGCGGUCAACGUCUUCGCUUCGGCCGAGGAGCUGGAGCGGGCGCAGCGGCUGGAGGAGCGCGAGCGCAUCAUCCGCGAGAUCUGGCGGAAUGGGCAACCCGACAUCCUGGGCAGCGGCACCCUGGGCCGCGUCCACUACUACUGAGUCCCGCAGCCGAUGCCGUGCCACCCUCGGGAGACGCUGGGGCCAAGAGAGGGGGACACGGGGGGAUCGCCAACGCCGGAAUGAGCCUCCCUCUGCCCCAGGGAUGGAGGAGCUGCCCUGGAGCAUCUCUUCCAGCCGGACCCUGGUGCCACGGGCACCCCCGCAGCCGGAUUUGACCCCAUCGCUGCGGGCCACGAGUCACUUUGAGCCAUUGGUACGACUCAAGGUUGGACUCGAGGACCCAGUGGGUCUCUUCCAACCUUGUGAUGAUCCUAUGAUUCCAUCACUGCCGGCACCAGCCGAGCAGCCCCGGGACCGUGCUGGGACAAGGACAGGGACAGCCUUGCCGGGCUCGGCUUGGUGCCGGCGGGAGCCCAGCACCGUAGCUUGCGGCUGAGCUCGGCAUCAGUGGAAGCUGUGGGGGUUCUGCCCCCAAAACAUGGUGCUUUACCCACCGCCUGCAGCCCGGGG